AUGGCUUCGGCUCAAACGGGAACGGAGAUGUCCCCGCAUCACGUGACACGCACAUAUAAGCACGAAAACUUUUUGUCCUUCAUCUCCACCAUGUCCGAAAAAGAAACCGUAGAGACUACACAGGAGCCUAAACAGGUCGUAGAGCCCACGCAAGAGCUCGAAGAGUUGGCGAUCGACGGAGACCAGGCCGCCGCCAAAAAGAAAAAGUCCAAGAAGAAAAAGAAGAAGGCGGUUUCGCUUGAUAAGACUUAUGCCGAUGGAGUUUUCCCUGAAGGACAGUGGAUGGAGUAUCCGCUUGAGGUCAACAGCUACCGGACCACGGACGAGGAGAAGCGGUACUUGGACAGACAGCAAAACAACCACUGGCAGGAUUUCCGGAAAGGAGCCGAAGUCCACAGAAGAGUGAGACAGAAGGCGCAACAGCAGAUCAAGCCCGGAAUGACCAUGCUUGAAAUCGCAGACCUCAUUGAGAAUUCCAUCCGGACAUACACGGGCAACGACCACACUUUGAAGCAAGGUAUCGGUUUCCCCACCGGAUUGUCCUUGAACCAUGUGGCUGCCCACUACACACCCAACUCCAACGACAAGGUGGUGUUGAAGUACGAGGAUGUCAUGAAAGUCGACAUCGGUGUGCAUGUGAACGGCCACAUUGUGGACUCCGCCUUCACCUUGACUUUUGACGACAAGUACGACAACCUUUUAACUGCCGUGAGAGAAGCGACCUACACGGGUGUCAAAGAGGCCGGUAUUGACGUCAGAUUGAACGACAUUGGUGCUGCUGUGCAAGAAGUGAUGGAGUCGUACGAAGUGGAGUUGGACGGGAAAACAUACCCGGUCAAGUGUAUCCGCAACUUGAACGGCCACAACAUCGGCGACUAUGUGAUCCACUCGGGCAAAACCGUGCCCAUUGUGGCCAACGGUGACAUGACCAAGAUGGAAGAAGGCGAAACGUUUGCCAUCGAGACCUUUGGCACUACCGGAAAAGGCUAUGUGAUUCCGCAAGGCGAGUGCUCGCAUUAUGCAUUGAACCAGGACAUUGACGGGGUGAAAUUGCCCUCCGAAAGGGCCAAGUCUUUGGUCAAGUCCAUCAAAGACAACUUUGGUACUUUGCCUUGGUGCCGUCGUUAUUUGGAGCGUGCGGGCGAAGAUAAGUAUCUUUUGGCCUUGAACCAGUUGGUCCGUGCCGGUGUUGUGGAGGACUAUCCUCCUUUGGUUGACACACUGGGCUCCUACACCGCUCAAUACGAACACACGAUUUUGCUCCAUCCACACAAGAAAGAGGUUGUGUCCAAGGGUGACGAUUAUUAG